GCGCGAAAUGAAAUCGAGCUAUAAAUAAGAGAAAUGGUUUCACUGAGGAGACUCGGAGUCAAAUGGAGCUCAAACCCUGGUCAUCGUCCUCCCUCGCCGCCGAGCUCCUUCUCAUCCUCCUUCUCGCCGCCAUCAAUGGAGAAGCAUCGUCGGCGUCUGGAUCGGAGAAGCCGGUGUUGAGGUUCAGCGGAAAGAGGGGAGAGUUCAAGAUCCUCCAGAUCGCUGACAUGCACUACGCCGACGGCUUGAAAACCAAGUGCUUGGACGUGUUGCCGGAGGAGGCUCCUAAUUGCUCCGAUCUCAACACCACCGCCUUCAUUUACCGCGUUGUCAAGGCUGAGAACCCUGAUCUCAUUGUCUUCACUGGAGACAACAUCUUUGGUCUUGAUGCAACAGAUCCAGCAAAAUCAAUGGAUGCUGCUUUUGCACCAGCAAUUGCGUUAAAGGUCCCAUGGGCUGCAAUCCUCGGAAACCAUGACCAGGAGUCCACAUUGACCCGUGAAGGUCUGAUGCAGCACAUAGUGGGCAUGCCAUAUACAUUUUCCAGCAUAAAUCCAGAGGGGUUCGAAGUAGAUGGUUUUGGUAAUUACAACCUGGAAGUGGCCGGGGUGGAGGGCUCAGGGCUUGCCAACAAGUCUGUGCUCAAUCUCUACUUUCUGGACAGUGGUGACUACUCCACUGUUUCUGAUAUUGGUGGCUAUGGUUGGGUUAAGGUAUCACAGCAAAUGUGGUUUCUAAGUGCUGCUUCCCAUCUCCAGAACUUGUACAUGAGUAAACCAGAACCACAGAAAGAACCCGCGCCAGGCCUUGUUUACUUCCAUAUUCCUUUGCCAGAGUUUAGCAGUUUUGCUGCAUCAAACAUGAGUGGAAUAAAGCAAGAAGAAAUCAGUUCAGCCUCAGUUAACUCGGGUUUCUUCACAACAAUGCUAGAGGCUGGGAAUGUCAAGGCGGUGUUUACAGGUCAUGAUCACCUUAACGACUUCUGUGGUGAGCUGACUGGGAUUCGUCUCUGCUAUGCCGGUGGAUUUGGGUACCAUGCAUAUGGCAAGGCUGGAUGGCCAAGGAGGGCGAGAGUCAUGUCAGCCUAUCUUGAGAAGACACGGAGUGGAGCUUGGGGAGGAGUUCGAUCCAUCAAGACCUGGAAACGUCUUGAUGACAAACACCUUAGCACAAUUGAUACUGAGAUUUUGUGGGAAGCAGGAAAUGAAGCUGGUGGGCGACAGAAAAAAAGAAUCACAAAACGACGCCGACAUUCUGGUUAGGGACAAUAUCCUGCGAACUGAACCACGAAAUGGAAAUGAAAAGAUAAGUGUGAUUUUAUGAUUUAAAUUGCAGAAAUGAAUAGAAGUUGUAGACUUGCAUGCUGCUGCUGUAUUGAAGUGUAUUGAAGUUUAUGUAUUAAUGAUGAUUAAGUUAUGCAUUAAAUAUGAGCAAAUGUCUUUUUCUUCUGUUGCUGUAUGUAGUGAAAAUUAGUAGAGCAUGAGAUGUUGGUACAUUGAACAUUUGUCGUUUAAUAGAAAGAGUUGGAGACUAGGAGGGAGAAUU